AUGGCGGAGCACAACAUUGUCGUCUUUGCGGGAGACCACGCUGGUCCCGAGGUCCUCAAGGCCAUUGAGCAACACAGUCCCAGCGCCGGCAAAUUCAACCUACAAGAUCAUCUUCUAGGAGGCUGCUCCAUCGAUGCGACCGGCUCUCCCCUAACAGACGAAGCUCUCGCCGCCGCCAAUGCCGCCGACGCCGUCCUCCUCGGCGCCAUUGGAGGUCCCGAAUGGGGUACCGGUGCUGUUCGUCCAGAGCAGGGCCUGCUGAGGCUGCGCAAGGAGAUGGGCACGUACGGAAACCUCCGCCCGUGCUUCUUCGCUUCCGAAGCUCUCGUCGAGUACUCUCCUCUCAAGGCCGAGGUGUGCCGCGGCACAGACUUUGUUAUUGUCAGAGAGCUCACAGGUGGCAUUUAUUUCGGUGACAGAUCAGAAGAUGAUGGCUCUGGCAGUGCCUGGGACACCGAGCCCUACUCCCGAGUUGAGAUUGAGCGUGUGGCUCGCUUGGCUGGCUUCCUGGCUCGCGGCCGCGGCGAAACCAAGGUCUGGUCGCUGGACAAGGCCAAUGUCCUUGCUACUAGCCGACUGUGGCGCAAGGUCAUGACGGAGACGUUUGCCAAAGAAUUCCCUGAUCUGACGAUUGAGCACCAGCUCAUCGACAGUGCUGCCAUGAUCAUGGUCAAGAACCCUCGUGGCCUCAACGGCGUGGUGGUAACCAGCAAUCUGUUUGGUGACAUCAUCAGCGAUGAGGCUAGUGUGAUUCCCGGCAGCAUUGGCUUGUUGCCCAGUGCCAGCUUGACCGGCAUUCCUGAUGGAAAGUCCAAGUGCAAUGGCGUCUACGAGCCUAUCCAUGGCUCUGCCCCUGACAUCUCCGGCAAGGGCAUCGUUAACCCCAUUGGCACAAUCCUGUCCGUGGCGAUGAUGUUGAGAUACUCUCUCAACCUGCCCAACGAGGCCAAGGCCGUCGAGGAGGCUGUCAGAAAAGCCAUUGACAACGGCCUAAGGACAAAGGACAUGGGUGGCAGCUCCGGCACCAAGGAGGCCGGUGACAAGAUCGUCGAGGAGCUCGUCAAGGUCCUCAAGGCGUAA